AUGCUGGCGUCCGGCGCGGUACGCCCAUCCGAGCUUCGCCAGCCGGGCACCGUGGACGAGACCGAGUGCUACACAGCUCCCGGUUCUUCCGCCGUUCCUUCCUCACAACUCACAGACGGCAAUGCCGCCCAACAAUCGAAAGAGGCCGCCGACGCGAAGGCUGCAAAGAAGGAGUUGCUAGGCGAGACAGCCCAGGCAAGCAAGGAACAGAGGAAGGCAGACUGGGCUAUCAUGAGAGAAAUGGCCAAGUACCUUUGGCCGAAGGAUGACUGGGGCACGAAGAUUCGUGUGGGAUCUGCACUGUCAUUGCUGAUCGGAGCCAAGAUUCUUAAUGUAGAGGUGCCUUUCUACUUCAAGAACAUCGUCGACUCUAUGAACGUGGACUUUGCCUCUGUUGGUGGGACUGCGUAUACCGUUGCAGGCUCCAUGAUCAUAGCUUACGGCGCGACUCGAAUUGGAGCAACACUCUUCCAGGAACUUCGCAAUGCAGUGUUUGCGAGCGUCGCGCAAAAGGCCAUUCGAAAGGUGGCUAGCAAUGUUUUCGAACAUCUUCUGAGACUGGACCUCAACUUCCAUCUCUCGCGCCAGACCGGUGGUUUGACACGUGCCAUUGACCGUGGAACAAAGGGUAUCAGUUUCUUACUGACCUCGAUGGUCUUCCACGUUGUCCCGACUGCGCUCGAGAUCUCUCUCGUUUGCGGUAUUCUUACCUACCAAUAUGGCUUCCGAUUUGCUGCCAUCACGGCUACGACCAUGCUUGCGUAUACGGCGUUCACAAUCACCACAACUGCCUGGCGCACCAAGUUCCGCCGUCAAGCCAAUGCAGCCGAUAACCGUGGGGCUACCGUGGCAGUUGAUUCGCUCAUUAACUACGAAGCCGUCAAGUAUUUCAACAACGAGAAGUUUGAGGUGGCCCGAUAUGACAAGGCCCUGAAGAACUACGAGGACGCAUCGAUCAAGGUGACAACGUCCCUGGCCUUCCUCAACUCUGGCCAAAACCUGAUCUUUUCAAGCGCGCUGGCCGCCAUGAUGUACCUGGCUUGCGACGGAGUCGCCACCGGUGCUUUGACGGUUGGUGAUCUGGUCAUGGUCAACCAGCUGGUCUUCCAGCUCUCCGUGCCCCUCAACUUCCUGGGAUCGGUAUACCGUGAACUGCGUCAGUCUCUGCUGGACAUGGAGACACUAUUCAACCUGCAAAAGGUCAACGUAACCAUCAAGGAGCGACCCAACGCCAAAGCACUGGAGCUGAAGCGUGGCGGCGAGAUUCGUUUCGAGAACGUCACCUUUGGCUACCACCCCGACCGACCAAUUCUGAAAAAUGCCACUUUUACCAUCCCCGCCGGCUCGAAGUUUGCCAUUGUCGGUCCUAGUGGCUGCGGCAAAUCUACAAUCCUGCGUCUGUUGUUCCGAUUUUAUGACACGCAGUCUGGCCGGAUCUUGGUUGAUGGCCAAGACGUGCGCGACGUCACACUCGACAGCCUUCGCAAAGCGAUCGGAGUGGUCCCACAAGACACCCCGCUGUUCAACGAUACGAUUGCCCACAACAUCCGCUACGGACGAAUCGACGCAUCGGACGAGGAGGUGCGCCAUGCGGCAGAGCGAGCACGCAUUCACGAACUGAUCGAACGCUUGCCGGAUGGAUACGAGACUGCAGUUGGCGAGCGAGGCAUGAUGAUUUCGGGCGGAGAGAAACAACGACUAGCGAUUUCUCGUCUGAUUCUGAAAGACCCGCAGCUUUUGUUCUUUGACGAAGCGACCUCCGCCCUCGACACCUACACCGAACAGGCACUCCUGCAAAACAUCAACAGCAUUCUCAAGGAUAAGAGCCGCACGAGUGUGUUUGUGGCGCAUCGCCUGCGUACCAUCUGUGACAGUGACCAGAUUCUGGUGCUGAAGGACGGCCAUGUGGUGGAGACCGGUUCGCACCGUGAGCUCCUGGAUCUAGGCGGCGUGUAUGCGGAACUGUGGAACGCCCAGGAAACGUCGCUGCAGGACGGUGAGCCGCCGGAGGAGGCGUAG